AUGGACGAAGUUAAAGCUGAACUAGACCGCAUGGAAGCCGCAGGUGUCAUUGAGAAGAUCAGCGCUCCAACUGACUGGUGCGCGCCGAUUGUCCCGGUCAGGAAAAGGUCUUGUAGCGUUAGAAUCUGCACAGAUCUGAAAAAGCUCAACCUGUCGAUGAAGCGUGAACGAUUCAUGCUGCCCACCUUAGACGACAUCUUGUACAAACUCGGCGGAUCAAACAAGUCCAGCAAGCUUGAUGCGACGUCUUCCUUUUGGCAGUUGGCACUGGACGAUGACUCCGCAAAGCUGACCACUUUCAUUACCCUGUUCGGCCGGUACUUCUACAGACGUCUCUGCUUUGGAAUCACCUCUGCGCCUGAGAUAUUUCAGCGUACGAUGCAAGACAUUCUAGCUGGCAUAGACGGUGUAGAGUGCUUUAUGGACGACAUCUUCCUGCACACGGAUGGUCAGGAGAAACAUGAUAAGCUGAAGAAGAAAGUCUUCCAGCGGCUAAAGGAGCGUGGGGUCAAGUUGAACAAAUCCAAGUGCAAGUUUGACAAGGAUAAAAUCGAUUUUCUUGGCCACAUCAUCAGCGGGAAAGGUGUAAGGCCAGAUCCAUCCAAGGUCAGUGCCAUCACUGAAAAGCCAGAGCCAGAGAACAUUACAGACUUGCGACGAGUGCUCGGCGUGGUGAACUAUUUGGGCAGGUUUGUGCCAAAUCUGUCAACAGUCAUGAAGCCGCUCACCGAUCUUCUGAAUCACGAUGCUGAGUGGGCCUGGACUCCAGCGCAGUCAUCUGCCUUCACUAAAGUCAAGAAAUUGCAGUCGUCAGCUCCAACACUCGCUUUCUUCGACAUGAGGAAGCCUGUCCUUGUAAGCGCCGAUGCAAGCAGCUACGGACUGAGGGGAGUUCUCCUCCAGGAGGACAGGGGUGAUCUUCAGCCAGUGGCCUACUGUUCCAGAACUCUAUCUAGGGCCGAGAGGAACUACGCUCAGAUUGAAAAGGAACUGUUGGUGGCCACCUGGGCGUGCGAAAAGUUCGAUCGCUACCUCAUCGGGCUGCUAUCAUUCACACUGCUCACCGACCACAAGCCCAUUGUGCCUCUGAUCAACUCUAAGGAACUGAAUGAUGCACCUGUCCGCUGCCAACGAAUGCUGAUGAGGAUGAUGCGCUACAGCGGAAAGGCAGUAUACACCCAAGAGAAAAACAUGACUGUCGCAGACUCCUUGUCCCGAAGUCCAGUAGUGAGCACCGAGCCUGAAGAAUUUGGUGAAGAAAUCGAGGCUCAUAUCGCUACAAUCCAGAUGUCAUGGGAUGCCACGGAUAGCAAACUUGACGAAAUCAGAAACAAGUCUCAACAGGAUCCAACGAUCAGUGCUGCCAUACAGUACACCAGAAGCGGUUGGCCGAAAUUCAUACAAAACGUCAGGUCCGAAGCUCGCGACCUCUACGCAGUUUCCAGUGAACUGAGCGAAGUCAGUGGACUACUCGUCAGAGGUAACCGCAUCGUAAUCCCCAAGACAAUGCGAGAAGAGAUGCUCAGCAGGAUCCAUGACGGUCACCUCGGAGUGUCAAAGUGUCGAGAACGGGCCAAAUCUUCCAUUUGGUGGCCUGGUCUCAGCUCCGAGAUACAGGAAGUCGUCUCAAGAUGCGACCAUUGUCAGCGGAAACGUCCAGCACAACCAAGCGAACCUCUAAACCGGACAGCUCUACCCAAGCGGCCGUUCCAGAUGGUUGGUGCUGACCUAUGCAACUACAAGGGACAUGACUACCUGUUUGUGUCAGAUCGUUUCCACAAGUUCGCCAAAGGCUGGGGAUUUAAACACACCUCCAGCAGUCCUCAUUUUCCCCAGAGCAAAGGCGGGUCGGAGAGAGCAGUCGAGGAAGCGAAUAAAUCCCUGAGUCAGGACGACCUAUUUCUCGCUCUCCUGAUCUACAGGUCUACACCGGUGUCACCGACGGGGGCGAGCCCAGCGGAACUUGCUCUUGGGCGACGCCUGUGGACGACCCUGCCAACUCUACCGUCAAACCUGAACCAGCAGGUCUACGACAGGGCGAAGAUUGCAGCCAGAGACGCUGAGUCGAAGCGUAAGUACAAACAAGCUUUUGACAGACGUCACGGAGCCCAGAACCUCCCGGAGCUGAAUCCUGGUCAGCUCGUCCUGCAGAAGCUGGAGAAUGACAAGGAGUGGCGUGGCCCUGCGGUUGUUAAAGAACGGUGUGCACCGAGGUCUUACAUCAUACAGUCUGGGGAUAGGGCUUACCGCCGGAACCGCAAACACCUGAAGCCCUACGUCGACCCUCCUUCCAUGCCUUCUUCACCUGUUGCCAGCCCAGAGCCUACUCCGAUGUCCAUUCCCUUACCUCCUCCACCAGUUGUCCAGCCGGUGAAGCCUGAUGUCACACCAACAUCACCUUAG